CCGUUCGCUACGUCACGAGAGGGCGACUCUAUGGUUUGGCGGUGGGGGGAGGGGCGCGUAGGGCGGCCGCGACAUGGCGGCACACCUGAAGAAGCGGGUGUACGAGGAGUUCACCAAGGUGGUCCAGGUGAGCGAGGAGAGCUCCGAGCUCUGUAGGGUGAUUCCGCAGCAGCAUGAGGACCUGUCUGCUAAGAAACUGCGGCUGACCAAGCCCAGCAAGUCAGCAGCGCUCCAUGUCGACCUGUGUAAAGCCACCUCGCCUGCAGAUGCCUUGCAGUACCUGCUGCAGUUUGCCAGGAAGCCUGUGGAAGUGGAAAGCGUGGAAGGGGUUGUCCGAAUCCUGCUGGAGCAUUAUUAUAAGGAGAAUGAUGCUUCUGUAAGACUGAAGAUUGCUUCCUUGCUGGGUUUGUUAUCGAAGACUCCAGGAUUUUCCCCAGACUGCAUUGUGGAUGAUGCCAUUAACACACUUCAGAAUGAGAAGUCUCACCAAGUCCUUGCUCAGCUGCUGGACACCCUGCUGGUGAUUGGCACAAAGCUCCCAGAGAACCCAUCUGUCAGGAUGAGGCUGGUAGAGGUGGCUUGCAAGCACCUGACAGAUUCUUCCCACGGUGUAAGAAAUAAGUGUCUUCAGUUAAUUGGCUGUCUUGGACCGGUGGAAAAAGGUGUUGCAAAAGAGGCUGAAAGCCAGGCUGCCAAAGAUGUCCAGAAGAUCAUAGGAGAUCAUUUUAAUGACCAGGACCCUCGUGUUAGAACAGCAGCUAUAAAAGCCAUGCUUCAGCUUCACGAGAGAGGACUGAAACUGCAGCAGGCCAUUUAUGGUCAGGCUUGCAAGCUGUUGGCAGACGAUUAUGAACAAGUGCGCAGUGCUGCAGUUCAGCUAAUUUGGGUCCUCAGCCAACUGUACCCUGAAAGCAUUGUCCCCAUUCCUUCUUCUAAUGAAGAGAUUCGGUUGGUUGAUGAUGCGUUUGGGAAAAUUUGUCACAUGGUUAGCGAUGGUUCCUGGGUGGUGAGAGUACAAGCUGCCAAAUUAUUGGGUUCUAUGCAACAAGUGAGCUCCCAUUUCUUAGAGCAAACCCUUGACAAGAAGCUCAUGUCAGAUCUGCGGAGGAAGCGCACGGCGCACGAGCGAGCCAAGGAGCUCUACAGCUCUGGGGAGUUCUCAAGUGGCAGAAAAUGGGGAGAUGAUGCUCCCAAAGAAGAAAUCGAUACAGGUGCUGUGAACCUGAUUGAAUCAGGAGCUUGUGGAGCCUUUGUUCACGGUCUGGAAGAUGAAAUGUAUGAGGUGCGGAUUGCUGCAGUGGAGGCCCUCUGCAUGCUGGCUCAGUCCUCACCUUCUUUUGCGGAAAAAUGCCUGGAUUUUUUGGUGGACAUGUUUAAUGAUGAAAUUGAGGAGGUGAGGUUGCAGUCAAUACACACGAUGAGGAAAAUUUCCAACAAUAUCACGCUGCGGGAGGACCAGCUGGAUACUGUGUUAGCUGUUCUGGAGGAUUCUUCAAGGGACAUUCGAGAAGCUCUUCACGAGCUGUUGUGUUGCACCAACGUCUCAACUAAAGAAGGCAUCCAUCUUGCACUGGUGGAGCUGCUGAAAAACCUAACCAAGUAUCCCACAGACAGAGAAUCCAUAUGGAAGUGUUUAAAGUUCCUGGGGAGCAGGCAUCCCACUCUGGUGCUCCCUCUGGUCCCGGAGCUGCUGAGCACACACCCGUUCUUUGACACUCCAGAACCAGACAUGGAUGAUCCAGCUUACAUUGCUGUUCUGGUUCUGAUUUUCAAUGCUGCUAAAAGUUGCCCAACAAUGCCAGCGCUGUUUUCUGAUCACACGUUCAGACAUUACGCCUAUCUUCGUGACAGCCUCUCUCAUCUGGUCCCUCCACUACGACUGCCAGGUAGGAAGCUGGUCUCCUCCCCCAUCUCUCCCAGCAUUGCACCACAUGAGGACCCUUCCCAGCAGUUCUUGCACCAGAGCCUGGAGAGGGUGUACAACCUCCAGCACCUCGACCCGCAGGGCAUCCAGGAGCUGCUGGAGUUCACCAUUCGUGAUCUUCAGAGGCUUGGGGAGCUGCAGUCAGAGCUGGCAGGGAUGGCGGAUUUCACUGCGACGUACCUUCAGUGUCAGCUGCUCCUCACCAAGGCCUUGCAGGAGAAGCUGUGGAACGUGGCAGCUCCUUUGUACCUGAAACAGAAUGCGUUGGCAUCUGCUGCAGCAAAACAGAUCUUGGAAGAAACUUACAAAAUGGAGUUCAUGUACAGCGGUGUGGAAAGUAGACAAGUGGUCAUCAUCCACCACAUGAGACUGCAAGCAAAAGCUUUACAGCUCAUAGUGACUGCACGCACCACCAGAGGGGUGGAACCCCUUUUUGGGAUGUGUGAGAAAUUCCUUCAGGAAGUAGAUUCCUUUCAGAGAUGUUUCAUCUCUGAGCUCCCACAAAUGCAGGGCAGUUUUGUAGAUAAGCUGCUGGACUUAAUGCCCAGACUGGUGACAUCCAAGCCUUCAGAAGUGGUCAAGAUUCUUCAAACGACGCUGCGACAAAGUACCUUCCUCCACCUUCCUCUUCCAGAGCAGCUCCACAGAGCCAGUGCAAACAUCAUUGAGCCGACUGGUGAAUCAGACAAUCCUCUGAGGUUUACAUCAGGGUUAGUGGUGGCAUUGGAUGUGGAUGCAACGCUGGAACACGUGCAGGAUCCCCAAGGAACUGUUAAAGUUCAGGUAUUGUAUCCGGAUGGGCAAGCGCAGUUAAUCCAUCCUAAGCCAGCUGACUUCAGAAAUCCUGGUCCUGGAAGGCACAGACUGAUAACUCAGGUCUACCUCUCACACACAGCCUGGACAGAGCCGUGUCAGAUCGAAGUGCGGCUGCUGCUGGCCUACAAUUCCAACAGGAGCAAAGCAGCAGCCAAGAUGGCCAAAUCCACCUGGAAUGAGAGCCCGGAGGCUCUGCCGCAGCCAGAAAGCGGCAUCGAGGGGACGAUCCCCUUCAGCAAACCUGUCAAAGUGUACAUCAUGCCCAAACCUGCCAGGAGGUGAAGUCUGACACUACAAGAAACACCUUUGUGGGAUUGUUGGAUAAAAUUGAAAACGAUAUUCUGUGUUCCAAGGUACUGAAACCAGACGUCAGCCAUAAAAGUAAAGCUGAUGAAGAACAAUUGGGCUCCUCUGCUACACAGCAGGUGGACCAAUACAGGAGUUAUUCAGAUAAUUCAGGAUAGUUACAAGAAAACACUGUUUUUUUUUUUUUUUUUUCUUAUAUUGAAUCAACAAAGACAAUUCUCAGUCAGCAUUCCAGCAAUAACUGCAUUGGGCCAAAGUCUCUUCCCGGCCUCUGGGUUUUCUGCUGAAGCUAUUUACUAUGUAAAUGUUGAGGCACAUAAAUCCAUGCUUUUGUAAUUCUCAGAAACUUGUGCAUUGGUAUCAAUUUUUUUUAGCAAAAGCAAAAAUAAUUCCGAAGUGCUGUUGUCCUGGUGUAGGAAAUGAAUCUCCAAGUGGAACUGCCAAUCGCUGCAGGCUACAUCCUGAGAUGUGCCCUGUACAGCUGUGCUGGAGUUGGGACAGCUGGGGGAGGACACGGGUUGUUCAUGCUGGGAGCUGGUGCAAGGAGCAGAACUUGGUGAGCAGGACACACAGCACUUCUGGCAGGCCUGGAGGAAAGCAAGAGGUUCUGGGGGAAGGAGGGCUAGUGGCUAAACAAAGAGCAAAGAAGUACUUUUCAGUCACACAGAGAUUAGUAUAAAUGGUUACGCAAAAGUUAUUAUGUGCUUUCCUACAAUAAAAUUGGAAAACUGAUCCUAA